AUUUUAACCUGCGAUGCCAUGUGAAAUGGCGCUGUCGACUCAGCGAGAUGACCAAGACAGCCACUAUAUCUUACUGGCAAAAAUUGACAAUGCCAAAAACGUGUCCAAUAUCCUCAAAGCUAUUCACUUUAAGGAGUCUGCCACUGUGUUUGCCAGUGCCAUGGGUUUAAAGGUAACUGUAGAGGACGCAAAAUGUGUCCAAGCCAACGCCUUCAUCCAGGAGGGACUGUUCCAUGAAUACCACAUCAGGGAGGAUCAGAUCACAUUCAAAAUCAACCUGACAGUAUUAUUAGAAUGCCUGACCAUAUUUGGGACCAGUCAGGUACCUGGGAUGACCACCACACUGAAGAUGUGUUAUGGUGGCUAUGGAUGUCCGCUCAUCCUUAUGUUAGAAGAAGAUGGAGUAUUGACCGAUUGCAGCAUUAAGACUUUGGAACCUGAUGAAGUUCUAGAUUUCAACUUUAGCAGUACAAAUGUCCUUAACAAAAUGAUCAUGAAGUCAGAGUGUCUGAAGGAAGCAUUCAGUGAGUUAGAUAUGACUAGUGACAUUCUACAGAUCCUUCUGUCUCCAGACCAGCCAUACUUCAGACUCUCAACAUUCGGAAAUGCUGGUAGCACCCAUUCUGAUUUUCCAAAAGAUUCAGAUAUGGUGGAGUCCUUUUUAUGUACACAAACACAAACCAACAGGUACAAGAUCUCACUUCUAAAACCCUCUGUGAAGGCAUUGACACUGUCUACAAGGGUGUCUAUCCGAACAGACAACCGUGGCUUUCUGUCUCUCCAGUACAUGAUCAAGAACGAUGAUGGUCAGGUCUGCUUCGUUGAAUAUUAUUGCGCUCCUGAUGAAGAUGUAGAUGACCCUGAACAUUGACAGAGAAGCUUCAGUUCUGAUGAUAGCCAUGCAUGUCAACAUAAGAUUUUAAUUCUGGGUUGGAUUACUAUGGCAAUGAAAUCCUUUGAUUUUUAACCUCUGUGACAAACUGGUAGUUACCAUGGUGGCAGUGAUACUUCAGUUCAAGUGGUUUCCAUGGUAACAAUAAUACUUCAAUUCAAGUGGUUUUCAUAGUGACAGUAAUGCUUCAGUUCCAGUGGUUUCCAUAGUGACAGUAAUGCUUCAGUUCCAGUGGUUGCCAUAGUGAUAGUAAUGCUUUGGAUCUGAUGGUUGCCAAGGAGACGCUUAUGUUAAGUGAUUGUCAUGGUGACAGAAUUACCUAGACCAUGAUGACUACAUGUACAUGUAUCAUGGAGACAAAUAACGAUGGUUUAGUUUUAGUUGUUUAGAACUUCAACAUUUUUGCAAUGCUGGAAAGUUUUCUCUUCUUAGGAUCAAUCAUACUUCAUAAGUGAUCCAUGCAUUGUUACAGUUGCAAGAAUAUUACAAAUGAUCUUUGUUUCAAAUGUUUAUACUUUUUUAUUUCACAGGAGUAGUUGAUGUUUAGUUAACAAUUAUCCAUGAACAGUUGGUGCCCAUGUGCCUUUUUGCAUGUACAUAUUGGGACCAGAUUUGUACAUGUUGCCUUUGACACUUAGUAGUUCAAUCUCAUCAUGAAUUCCUGUGAAUUGUGUUACAACUUAUUGUUUUUCUAUGGUACUGUAUGUAUAUAUAAGCCUGUAUUUAACAAAUAAAUUGAU